CACAAAUAUCCAAACAUCAGAUUCAUCUGAAAACUCAAGUUUCUGCUCCUCUGUCCAGUUUGGCUCCAUAUUCUCUGAUUUUUAUCAAUUUUAACAACUGCACCAUAAAAAACACAGACAGCAACGCAGGCAAGAUCUGAAAAAAGCAGAGCUGAAACUUGCCGACAAGAAGAAAAAGCAUUUGGAGGACAUUAACUUUCAUCAGUAAGACGUGAAAUGAGUUCUUCAGAAGAGGUGAAACUGACAGACACUGACAGGAGCAAACCUCAUCAGUGUCAGCAGUGUGGGAAGUCUUUCAGUAGGAUUUGUAGUCUAAGACGACAUGAAGUCAGUCACACUGAACAGAAACUGUACCACUGUGAACAAUGUGACAGCAGCUUCAGCCAACUACAUGAAUACGAGCUCCACCUGCACACUCACACUGAAGAAACACCACACUGCUGUGACCAGUGUGGGAAGGAAUUCAGUGACCAGACUUCAUACAGAAAACACCAGCGUGAGCACACUGGACCAUACCAGUGUGACCAGUGUCCAAAGACUUUCAUUUAUUUUAGCAUUUACAAGAUACACAUGCGUGUGCACACUAAAGAAAAACCAUACUGCUGUGACUUGUGCCCAAAGAGUUUUAGCUUUUUAAGUUCAUACAAGCGGCACCAGCUGAGCCACAGUGGAGAGAAGCCUUAUCAGUGUGACUUUUGUGGAAAGAGUUUCACUCAGUCAGGUCAUUUCAGUCUGCACCUGCGUAACCACACUGGAGAGAAACCAUAUGAGUGUGAUCAGUGUGAUAAGAGUUUCAGUGAUCUAAGUGGUUACCGGAUACACCUGCGUGUGCACACAGGAGAGAAACCGUACCGCUGUGAUCAGUGUGGGAGGAGUUUCUCUCAGUUGGGAAAUUAUAAAUCACAUCUCCGUAUCCACACUGGAGAAAAGCCAUAUCGUUGUGAGAUCUGUGGGAACUGUUUCUCUAUCUCUAAAACCUACAAACAACAUAUUCGCACUCACACUGGUGAAAAGCCGUAUCAGUGUAAAGAAUGUGAGAAAGGUUUCGGUCGAUUAAGUAACUACAUCCGCCACCUGCGUAUCCACACUGGAGAACAACCAUACAAAUGUGACCAGUGUGGGAAGUGUUUCAAUCAUGCGCACAGUUACAGCCGACACCUGCGAGUUCACACUGGAGAGAAACCAUACUGGUGUUCACAUUGUAAGAAACUGUUUACUCGAUCACAGUCCUUGAAGAAACACCGCUGUGUUGAAACAGAGAGUUCAACUGUGUUCAAUGAAGAAGCACAAGAGAGCUGCUCACCAACAGAACCAACAAACAACCAAUAGCCAACAACAACAUACACCACAGUGUGUAAGUUCAUGGUAAUGAAGGUAAUAGUGUGGCUCAUUGACAUGUUUUAAUAGCCUUUAGACAACAAUGGAACUCACGUUUGUUAGUAGAUCAGUUCAUGAUUGGUUUUGGUCUUUCCAUGGGAUUGUUUGACUCUUUCUUUACAAAUGAUAGAAUACAUGUUGUCACAGGUUGGCCACUGUCAGCCCUGCCAGUAAGCAGGACCACAGCAGCACACCUAUGCCUUGCUGUGAGGCUGGAACAGAAACAUUUCAUAGCAGGGUGGGUUUGUAUGGUACAAAAGGCCUGACAGAAAAAACCUGUGUUUGGGUCUACUCUACUCUUUAACUGAGAGUAUAGCUGCUGGACGGAUAU